AGAGAGAACCACUAGCUCCUCGCUCGUUAAGCACAUCAGAGCUCUUGUUCGUCUCGUUUCCUAAAAGCCAAACAGUGCACAGGAAAAUCAGCAGAUUAGAGCAAAUUGGUCAGGCUUGCAAACAAUUCCACAAGAUUUUUGCAUAGGCCAAAUGAACCAAUUAGAACCAGGAGGGUUCUUGCAGGGAAAUGAUGAUUCCCUUACCAGGGAUGAUAUGUGUGAUUUGACAAAUUUAGUAACUGAUGGGGGAGCUAUGAACUUGCAGAACUUCUCUAUUGAUCAUACAGACAACUGGAACUUUGGGAUCCUCUUGGCACUGGCACAUGCUGCAGGAGCCACGGCGGCAGUUGAAAGUGCCCUUGCAGAUAUAGCAUUCAUUCCCCUCUUCAGUUCACAUAAUGCAGAUGGAAGUUCUGUUAGCUCCAGCAGAAUCUCUUCCAAUCUGAAUUCUCCACCUGGGAGAGAUGCAGCCUCAGGCAGCAACUCGUUCCAGUUUGCACCCAUCACCCCGGUUCAGAACAAGGGAAGACAGAGCAUGCUAAAUUUAAAUUUAAAUCUAAACAUUAAUGAGAUACCGAUACUACAAGAUGUACAGGAAAAUGUUGAAGAAAGUGAUCUCCAAGGAAACAAAGAGCAGUCAGUGCUGGUGAGAGAGCUAUCAGAAAUGAUGGAGAACCACAAGCCUGACAAAACAGGUGAACUAGUUGCUGAAGCAAAUCAGACACCGCAACAGAAACCAAGAAGAAAAAAGCACAGGCCAAAGGUGGUUGUUGAAGGCGAAGCUAAAAGGGCAAAUAAACCAAGAGCCCCAAACACUCCAGGCACAGAGGAGAUUAAGGCAGAAAAGAGGAAGUAUACCCCAAGAAAAGGAGUAGACAAUCCUGCAGCCACUCCUUUGGAUGAGGGUUCACACAUAAUAAAUCCUGAGAUGAUGUCUCCUGGUUCCAGUAAGACCCCAAAAGUGGACAGAAAGCGUCCUAAAAGAAACCGAGGUGCAGCCACUCCCAAAGAUGAGGAUUCAAAUGUAUCAAAUCCUGAGACAAUUCCUCCUGGUUCCAAAGAAACCUCAAAAGUGAAGAGAAUGUAUCCUCAAAGGAACCAAGGUCAAAAGCCCACAAAAGAACCCAUUGAAGAAGGAAGCAGUGAAACUAUUCAACCAGAAACAGCUUCUCGCCCCAGAAGAUCCUCCAGGAGAUUUUUAAAUUUUGACUUUGUGGACCUUGAAGAAUAUGAGAAUUUCAUUGAGCCAUCUUCAAACUUUGAUAACUUGCAUGUGAAGAAUAUCUGCGAACAGGUUAAAUCAAUGCCAGCAAUGUUGAAAAGGAAGAGAUCAAAGGGUCUCACUCGAGUCCGUGACUUAGCAUCCCUGCAUGAGAUUUGCAAACAGUUCCCAACUUAUUCAUCUAGAGAAGCAGCAGCAAAACAUCACACAGGGCAUCUCAAUACAUGCAUGGAAGCUCUUGUUGCUGACACUCGCCCAACAAUGAAAAUGAAAACGAAAAAACGUUCAAAAAGAAACAGUCUGAAUGGUACAGUGGCUCCCAAUACACAAGCUCAACACCAAUACAUUAGAACACCAAUUGGUUCUCUGCCAGCUUUACCGUGGAGGGGCUCUUCUCCAAUUGACGAAAUUGUGGAGCGGUUCACCUAUCUUAAUAGAAAUGCUGAUAAUCAAGGUCAGUACACACUCAGUACCAGAAAUGUGAAGUUCCAAAGGGAAACUGCCCUUGUUCUUUAUCAAAGAGAUGGAACUAUUGCCCCUUUUACUGGGGUAAAAAAAAGGAAACCACGGCCAAAAGUCGAUCUUGAUGAUGAGACAACUACAGUAUGGAAACUCUUGCUGCAAAAUAUAAACAGUCGAGGCAUAGAUGGAACAGAUGAGGAGAAGACAAAAUGGUGGGAAGAAGAGCGGAAAGUGUUCCGCCGAAGAGCAGAUUCGUUUAUUGCCCGCAUGCGUCUUGUCCAAGGUGACAGGCGCUUCUCUCCAUGGAAGGGAUCUGUUGUAGAUUCUGUAGUUGGAGUUUUUCUAACUCAAAAUGUGUCAGAUCACCUCUCCAGUUCUGCUUUCAUGUCAAUGGCUGCACGAUUUCCACUCAAAUCAAAGAUUAGCGAACAAUCACAUGAAGAGAGAACAAAUAUAACUAUUGAAGAACCAGAAGUUUGCAUAAUGGAUCCUGAUGACACAAUUGCAUGGCAUGAAAACUCUCUGAAUCAACCAACUCCUGGUCAAGACUCCAUGGCUUUCAGGGAGAUGGGUUGCAAAGAUGAAGUUGUCAAUAGUGAGUUGACUGAAGGUACCUCCAAUUGCAUUAAGUCCACCGAAAAUUUUAGAGCCAAAGAUGUCGAUUCUUCUGAAAAGGAUCCAGAAGAUGUGCAUUAUGGAUUAACAUUAUAUAGGCCAGCAAAAUGGAUCAACGAGGAAGAGGCAAGUUUCCACAGUGGCCAAACAGAACCAGAUAAUGUGCUGUCCUCUCAGAAUUCUGGAGUUUCUUCACAAAAUUCUGUGAACUCUUCACAUACUCAAACUGUUGAUAUUACUGAAUCCACCAGUCUUUGCAGCACUUCUUUCAUUCAACUAUUACAGAUGGUAGGAACCUCCAUGCUACGUGGAGUUUACAAUCAGGAAAACAGCUCAGCUAAUAUGGACAUGCCAAACCAACAGAGGGAUUGUUCUGCGGAAUUCCAAAAGAACAAGGAAGAUGACAAACUUCCUGUUAACGUUGGAGAACAUUAUGCCCUUGAACAAAAUGAAUCUUCAACAGAAUCACCAAUCCAAGCAACUAAUCAAAAGAUCAUAGCUGGUGAAAAUACAAUGGUCAAUUCUGAUUCACAGAUUCAUACUGAAGAAAGCAACUGCAAUUUGGUGCUAGAUCAAGAGUGCCCAACUUCAUUGGAUAUUCAGGAUAUCACAGGGAGAGCCAGUACUGUUGUUGAUUCACUGUCAAAUUCAGAUGGUCAGAAUGAACAUCUUGAUACAGUUGAUAAAAGACGCAGCAAUCCCUCUAAAGAAAAGGGGGGGAGAUCUGGGACAGAGAAACAGGAUGCAGUGAAUUGGGACCAUUUAAGACAGCAGGCUUUGGCCAGCGGUAAGAAAAGAGAAAGAACAAUGAACACAAUGGAUUCAUUGGACUGGGAAGCAGUAAGAUGUGCAGAUGUCAAUGAGAUUGCUGAAACCAUCAAAGAGAGGGGAAUGAACAACAUGCUAGCAGAGAGGAUACAGGAUUUCCUAAACCGGCUUGGCAAAGAACACGGUAGCACUGAUUUAGAAUGGCUAAGAGAUGUUCCACCAGACAAAGCAAAAGAGUAUCUAUUGAGCUUCAGGGGAUUGGGUCUGAAGAGUGUAGAGUGUGUACGGCUUUUGACGCUCCACCAUCUGGCUUUCCCAGUUGACACAAAUGUUGGACGAAUAGUUGUAAGGCUUGGGUGGGUGCCUCUGCAGCCAUUACCUGAGUCACUACAACUGCACCUUCUAGAGCUGUAUCCAGUUCUGGAUUCCAUCCAAAAGUAUCUUUGGCCACGACUCUGCAAGCUUGAUCAAGGAACACUAUAUGAGCUGCAUUACCAUAUGAUAACAUUUGGAAAGGUGUUUUGUACAAAGAGCAAACCAAAUUGCAAUGCAUGUCCAAUGAGAGGAGAAUGCAGACAUUUUGCAAGUGCUUUUGCAAGUGCAAGGCUUGCACUUCCUGCACCAGAGGACAAAAGCAUUGUGCCUGCAUUUGAAAACAAACCAGCUGAACAAAACACAGUAGACACUAUCAAUCCAUUGCAGCUACUCUUACCUCAAAGCAAUGAACAAUCAGUAGCACAGUAUGGUGUCAACAACUCUCAACCCAUCAUUGAAGAACCUAUUAUUGAAGUGCCUACCACACCUGUGCCAGAGCAAAUACCAUCAGAAGCUGACAUUGAGGAUGCUUACAGUGAUGAUCCUAAUGAAAUUCCUACAAUUAAUCUCAAUCUGAUUCAGUUGGCUCAAAAUGUAAAGAUGUUUGUGAAAAACAAUAUGGAGCUUAAUCAGGUUGAAAUGUCAAAGGCAUUGGUAGCAUUAACUCCCGAAGCUGCUUCCAUUCCCAUGCCUAAACUCAAAAAUAUUAGCCGGCUCAGAACUGAGCAUCAUGUCUAUGAGCUGCCAGAUACUCAUCCUCUUCUAGAAAGGUUGGAGAAAAGAGAUCCAGAUGAUCCAUGCUCUUACCUUCUGGCCAUUUGGACACCUGGUGAAACUGUAAACUCUGUUCAGCCUCCAGAAAUGAGAUGUGAUUCCCAAGAAUCUGGCAAACUAUGUCAGGAGGAAACAUGCUUUCCAUGCAAUAGCAUACGAGAAGCACAUUCCCAAACUGUUCGAGGGACACUUCUGGUCUUUGCCGAUCAUGAAUCCAGCCUAAACCCAAUUGAUGUUCCAAGGGUUUGGUUGUGGGAUUUGCACCGAAAAACUGUUUUCUUUGGAACCUCAAUACCAACAAUAUUCAAAGGCCUAUCAACAGAAGAUAUCCAACACUGCUUCUGGAGAGGGUACGUUUGUGUUAGAGGAUUUGAUUGGAAGAAGCGAGCUCCUCGACCACUAAUGGCCAGGUUGCACUUUCCAGCCAGCAGAUUGACCAAGACUAAAAGAAAGACAGAUGAAAGCUGAACAUAGCCUCUGACAUUCAUAUCAUAGCAGCAGUUCAGAACAUGACAUGUUAUUUAAAGACGUGCUACUUAUCAGAAAUAGGCAUUUAGAUGUAAAUGUAUUUCAAAAUGUGUAGAGUGAUGAAGAAUAGCCAUUUAUUGCUCACAACUAUGGUCACUGAUGUCUUUUAGCAAGAAAAACCAAAAGUUUUAGUGCUUUA